AACAGACAGUAGCGCUACUGGAUUUCAAUGUUUGUUGAUCUCCACUCUUUAACUCAUUUUUGGCCAACAUUUCUAGAGAGAGAAACAAAAAUACAGACUCGCUCCAAAAAGUUUCCAGUGAGCUUUACAACCCAGAUUGAAAAACUGAACCCGACCCAUUUAACAUUUUGCUGAUUCUUGAUCUGGGUUUGAUCCAGAUUUUCUUAAACUUGAGUAAAAAUCAAAGCUUUAUUAAUGGAUUCAUGUUCCUGACCCAUUCCAACAAAUGGGCUGUGUGUCAUCAAAACAGACAGUAUCAGUAACGCCGGCGGUGGACCAUUCCGGUGGUUUACAUGACAAUGCGGCGUCGGCGUCGGUGGGGGCCUCUUGCCGGAGCAUGGAUGGGAAUGGCAGAGGUGAUGUGGUGGUGGCUCAGUUAGAAAAUAUCUGGAAGAAGAAGAAGAAUACAAGGAGUGAGUCAGGACUCAGUGGGAGCGAGUUGGGUGAGUCAGGAAGGAGUAAUAUGAGGUUUAGUUUGAAUAGAUAUGUUGAAGUUGAACAAGUGGCAGCUGGUUGGCCAGCUUGGCUUAGUGCAGUUGCUGGUGAAGCUAUUCAUGGUUGGGUGCCUUUAAAAGCUGAAUCUUUUGAGAAGUUAGAGAAGGUUGGACAAGGUACAUAUAGCAGCGUUUUCCGUGCUCGUGACCAAGAAUCUGGGAGGAUAGUUGCUUUAAAGAAGGUGCGGUUUGACAAUUUUGAACCUGAAAGUGUCCGGUUUAUGGCUCGUGAAAUAGUGAUUCUUCGUAGACUUAAUCAUCCAAAUGUUAUGAAACUAGACGGGAUAAUAACCUCGCAGUUAUCAUGUAGCAUAUACCUUGUCUUUGAGUACAUGGAACAUGAUAUUUCAGGACUCUUAUCAUGCCCCGACAUCAAAUUCACUGAAUCCCAGAUUAAAUGCUACAUGAAGCAGUUAUUGUCGGGGCUUGAGCAUUGUCAUUCACGUGGAGUAAUGCAUCGGGACAUAAAAGGAGCUAAUCUUUUGGUAAAUAAUGAAGGGGUUAUGAAAAUAGGUGAUUUUGGGUUAGCAAAUUUCUGUAAUGUGGCUCGUGCCAGGCGUCCAUUGACUAGUAAAGUCGUCACCUUAUGGUACCGACCUCCUGAACUUUUAUUGGGGUCCACGGAUUAUGAAGCUUCAGUGGAUCUAUGGAGUAUCGGGUGUGUAUUUGCAGAGUUUCUUCUUGGUGUACCUCUUCUGCAAGGUAGAACCGAGGUUGAACAAAUGCACAAAAUCUUUAAGCUUUGUGGAUCGCCGUGUGACGAUUACUGGAAAAAGUCAAAACUGCCGCAUGCUGCAUUAUUUAAACCACAACGUCCAUACGAAAGUUGUCUAUGGGAAACCUUUAAAGAUCUGCCAAAGAACGCAGUGGAUCUUAUAGUAACUUUGUUAUCAAUCGAACCAUACAAGCGUGGGACUGCCUCUUCUGCUCUUGCAUCAGAGUAUUUCAGAGAGAAGCCGUAUGCAUGUGAGCCAUCGAGUUUACCAAAAUAUCCUCCAAACAAAGAGAUUGAUGCAAUGCAUCGUGAAGACUCAAGAAGGAAGAAAAUUGUUGGAAGAACACGAGGGCCUGAAAUGUCUCGAAGAGUAAAUCGAAAACCAAAUGGCGCGAGUAAAUUGGCGCCUGAAGAGAAUUUGCCAGCCAGAUCUAAAGUUAGGUACAAAAUCAGUGGAAAUAGUUUAUAUAAUCAGAAAGAAAGCGAUAUAAUCAUAGGCUUUGAGCCGCUAAAGCCCCCGGUAAAUGCAAUAGACCAUGAGUCUCAAGGCGACAUUUUGUUUUCGGGUCCUCUACAAGUUUCAGGUUCAAGUGGUUUUGCAUGGGCAAGAAGGCGAUUAGAUGAUUCUUCAUCUUUAAGAUCACGCAGUAGGUCGAGUUCAAAAAGUCUUAUAUCCGAGCCUUGGGUUACACAUUCAAGAGAGCCAAUAUGCAUUGAAAAUAUUGAACGGAACAGGUCUAGGCGUCAGGAUUCAAAAGUUGAAAAGUGGAGCCAGUUAGAUCUGCCCAAGGCCUUUAAUGGUGAUUGUGAUGAUUACCCCUCUCGAGAUCUAUCUAUGGCACUUUUCAAGAAAAUCGAUUUAAUUUAUCACAAUCAAGAAGACAAGAUUGAGUUUUCGGGCCCUAUAGUAUCUCAAUCCCAUCAGAUAGAUGAACUUUUAGAGAGGCAUGAACGCCAGGUUCGCCAGGCUGUUCGAAGAUCAUGGCUCCAAAAAGGUAGGAAGAAUGGCUAAUGAACUGAAUAUUUCUUGAAUCCGGUCACUUGAAGAUCAAUGAAUCUUGUAAACCACAUACACUUUGAGAAUUGUUUCUAACAGACCAAACUUGUUUGCUUAUAACUAAGCGAACAUGAUGGUCCUAUGGUUUUUUUGAUCAUCAUCUUCCCAACUGCUUGACCUGCAUUGAUUAGUUAGAGCAAUUCUAAUUUAUCAUCACGUAGAGGUGACUGAAUAUGAAUGUACAGCUAUAGAAAACUUGCAUGAAUGUUUAUAGUUUUGGAUAUAUUCAACAAUCCAUUUUGCCAUUUUGA